AUGCCUGAGCUAUGGAAGUCGAACGGCGAGUUGGAGGACCACCGGAGACUUCUGCAUAUUCCGGCCACCGUCUGCCUGGACGUUGAUGAAGACGACCUCGACGUCAGUGAAAAGCGGACCGGUGAUAGGAAGAAGUGGGAGAUGACGGAGGUAUCGACGUCGGACAAGGGGCGGUGGCGGAGGGGAAGAUCUGGAUGCGCCGGAGAAUGUGUAUUUCUGCUGUUGCCACCCGCCACCGGCAUCCACGCCUCUUGCCUUGGUGCUCGCAGGCUUCCACCGCCUUCAACCGUUCAACGACAUCCUUACGCUAGAGCUCUUCUCCACCCCCUUCAACUGACCGCCCUAGCCGUCUACAGCGCCAUGGCCGGCGGGACAUCUCUCAUCGCGGACACUGCUGACGAGGGCAUCCUGAGCGACGAUUUGACUGAAAAGAAGAUUCCAAUCGCCGGCCGUGCUUCAAUCUCGAGGUGUGCCGCCACCGUCCGGAACGCCAUUGACAACCGCGAACCUGUCGCCCCGUCAAUGGACCAUCUGUAG